AUGGUUCUCUUGGUGCAAAGGCUAAGCCGCUCUCUCAAGCCCUCCUUCAAACUGGAGAAUCACCACCACCACCACCACCACCACCAUGGCCAGGAGGUAUUCUCGGCUUCUCUACAUGCUUUUGAAGAUGAGAUAUCGAAAGGUUUGCUUCAACUCUCUUUACAGUCCAAACCCAGCUCAGAAAUCCUGACCUUGCCAUGGAUUCGGCAAUGUUUACAGCUUCUACCCACUACGAAGAAGGCGUUCGCCAAGCUUGUAGCUGACAUCGACUACCCAAUCAGUAGUUGGGAACUUGCUUCCGUCGAAGGGUAUCUCGCUGAUAGCUUAAGGUUGCUGGAACUUCUCAACUCUAUUACUUCUUGUCUUUCUCAUCUGGCUCAAGCUCGUAUGGCGAUAUCUCAUGCCUUGAGCCUUAUGGAGGAUUCACCUGCUGCUGCAAUGGAACGUCUGAAAGCAAUACGGUCUUUUGAUUUUAACAAGAAUCACAAGCACGGAGAAGAGAAUGAAGAUAACGGACAGGAGAGGUAUUGCUCGGGAAAAGACUGGAUUAUCCAUCAAGCUUUGGCGAUGAUUAAGAGCGUUGUGUUUUCUCUAUGUGGGGUUGUAGCAGUCAGUCUAUGUGGAGAUGUUCAGGCUUGUUUGGAGAUAAGAAAAGCAGCUGGUGAGUUUGGAAACUUUUCGCUGAUCAGUUCAGAUUUAAAAGUUUGUGAGGAGAUAAUAAAGAGUGGGAGCAUGCUGAGGGAGGUGAGAGAUGUGAACGAGGGAGUGGGUCAGCUUAUUGUUGCUAUAGGCAGUGGACAGAGCAGCAACGCAGAGAAAGAAUUGCAAAGAAGGGUGGAGGUUCUGGGGAAGCUGUUGGAGGGUGUUGGCGAGGAAGUGGAUCAGCUGUUCUCGGAGGUUUUGAUGGGGAGAAAUGAUUUGCUCAAUUCUCUUUAG